UUUACAGACGUUCAUUUUUUAUAGUGAGAUUAAUUUUUUGUAGCUGUUAGCAUUUAGUUGUAAACACUCCUCAACUAUACAACAGCGUUAUUUAUAAACAAUAGCCGGUGCUAAAAAAAUGUCGACAGAAUUCGUGAACGACAUACUAUAUAGGCUUGCAAUAAGAACAUCGAUAUGAAACAAGCACUUCCAUAAAAAUUGCAUUCACCUUAUUAAAUCGCUACCAGUGAAACCCCCAAAAUUCAUUUAAUUAAAAUGUUAUGUAGCGGAACAGAAAACUUAAGUUUAAAUGCUAAAGUGCAAGUGAAUUGAGUGCUAAAACUUUGUCUACAGUCACAACCAGGCCGCCCUUGCUUCAACUAACCAUACUGUAACUGUCCCCACACCAUAACCCUAAUGAUCUUGUGCUAUAAAGUGUCGUAUGUCCAGUCGCGUCCGAAAACGACUGCCCUGAGCUAACCAAGGUUAAAAAAAAGCCUUAAAAAGAGAGAGUGAGAAGAAAAAAACAAGUUCGAGACGGAAAUGCCCCCGGACGUAGCAAACUUUUCCUGCUGGUCGACCACGUUCCACCACCCCGACACUCCUGGCGUCGUAGACAUCGUCAAAGCCGCGGUAACGGUUCUGGUCGCUGUCAUCGUCCUAACUGUCAACUCCAUCUUCAUCUUGGCCGUCAACAGCCGUCGCCAUGCGAGACAUAUGCCGUGUUUGCCGCGAUACCUGCUGACGUCCUUAUCUGUGGGAGAGCUAUUGAAGGGGUCUGUGGCAGCACCUUUAUCCGUAUACCCUUCUCUGUAUCACUGCUGGCCGUAUCACCGACAUGUUUGUGGGAUACAAGCUCUUAUGAUGCCAUUACUGCACCAGCACACUGCCACUACCUUGUCACUACUGGCACUCGAUCAGUAUUGGUGCAUUCUACAUCCCGGAUCAUACCGAGACAGCAUCGGUAGAAUUAAAAGUGUGUUGUUGGUGCUGGUCUCGUGGCUGGUGAACGUAGCAUGGUUUGUGCUGCUCUUCCUUCCUACACCAAAUUUUUACUUCAGUCACAACCAAAGCUACUCCUGCGAACCACACCACUCCGUCCACCCUAAAGUCAUCAUCACUGCCUGCGUCCUCUACUUCCCCACGACUAUGGUGGCAGAAGCAAGAGACCGGCAAGAUACCCUCCGCUGUGGUCGCUUGCUCGCCGUCUUGGCGAUGUUCUUCAUCAUCCUCAUCACUCCCUACACUCUCAGACACAUCAUCGUGGGGUGCACGAACUACACUGUAUGCUGUGGCAACGUGUUGCUGAGGGACCCGGACGACAUGUGCCACAUGACGGUGGUUCCGAUGAACGGAGGAGCGGCGCUUCCUCGGCGGCCACUGAACCCGCGGCCAUCGCCUCGCCACGCGUCGUCCACCGCCAGCAACAAUUGUCCGCUGCUGGACAGCGAUGGACAUUCUAGCGACGUGGCGUGUGCAUUCAAAGGGCACGUCAGGAGACUAUCUUCAGAUGAUGGUAGCUCUUUGGGGGGCUUGCCGACUCCCCCUCUUCCCCCCGCGGCGAGGGUAGCAGCGGUUCGAGGGGACCGCACCAACCUCGCCAACGGCCGCCCCCCGCCCUUUGCGAGGGGUCCUCCCCCACUCAUACGUGCCCCUCACACGGGCUCCUGCGAUCUAGAGGCCGCGUCUGAGAAGUACUGGGGAGAGAUUCUUGAGCGCGCAGUGUCGUCUUCAUCACUGCACAACCUGCGUCUGCACCGCACUGACCAAGUGCCCGAGCGCUGCACGCUUCACAGCCACGCCACCAACAGGUUCAAGUCUUAAGGCCGCGAUUGAGAACCGCGAGCCCUCAUACAGGCUUGGCUGGAUCCCUAUGAGAAUCUAUCACUACGUAUAGUCGUUAUAACUCCGCUCGUAAAUGAAAU